CUCCCGGAGCCGUCUCCACUCUCCAAAACUUUCACCAAACUCUGGCCCCCGCCUCCCCGAAACCAAAACACCACCGGCUCCGGCGGAGCGGCGAGAGGCGCGGCGGGGCGGGCGGCUUCUGCGCGGCGGGGAGCCUCGGGAGGCUGAUGCAACUCGCCCUUUAAGAGAGCCACCUGGGCGCACCGCGGUGCGGACCCCGCACGCCCGGGCCGGGGGCUGCAGCAUGCCCUUGAAGUCUGUGGUCUAGAAGGUGCCAGAAGCCAAGGCUGUGUGAGUGCUCCCAGACUCCAGAGCUCACCUCACUGCCGCCAUGGUCGGAAAAGGUGCCAAAGGGAUGCUGAAUGGUGCUGUGCCCAGCGAGGCCACCAAGAGAGACCAGAACCUCAAACGGGGCAACUGGGGCAACCAGAUCGAGUUUGUACUGACGAGCGUGGGCUAUGCCGUGGGCCUGGGCAAUGUCUGGCGCUUCCCAUACCUCUGCUAUCGCAACGGGGGAGGAGCCUUCAUGUUCCCCUACUUCAUCAUGCUAAUAUUCUGUGGGAUCCCCCUCUUCUUCAUGGAACUCUCCUUCGGCCAGUUUGCAAGCCAGGGCUGUCUGGGUGUGUGGAGGAUCAGCCCCAUGUUCAAAGGUGUGGGUUAUGGCAUGAUGGUGGUGUCCACCUACAUUGGCAUCUACUACAACGUGGUCAUCUGCAUUGCCUUCUACUACUUCUUCUCGUCCAUGACACACGUGCUGCCCUGGGCAUACUGCAACAACCCCUGGAAUACGCCCGACUGUGCCAGCGUGUUGGACGCCUCCAACCACACCAAUGGCUCCCAGACUGCCGGCCUGCCCGGUAACCUCUCCCAUCUACUCAACCACACGCUGCAGAGGACAAGCCCCAGCGAGGAAUAUUGGAGACUCUACGUGCUAAAGCUAUCAGAUGACAUCGGGAACUUCGGGGAAGUGAGGCUGCCCCUACUUGGCUGUCUUGGAGUCUCCUGGGUGGUCGUCUUCCUCUGCCUCAUCCGAGGGGUCAAGUCUUCAGGAAAAGUGGUGUACUUCACGGCCACCUUUCCCUACGUGGUGCUCACCAUCCUUUUCAUCCGUGGCGUGAGCCUGGACGGCGCCUUCACAGGCAUCAUGUACUACCUGACCCCGCAGUGGGAUAAAAUCCUGGAGGCCAAGGUGUGGGGUGAUGCUGCCUCCCAGAUCUUCUACUCAUUGGGUUGUGCUUGGGGUGGCCUCAUCACCAUGGCCUCCUACAACAAGUUCCAUAAUAACUGCUACCGGGACAGUGUCAUCAUCAGUAUCACUAACUGUGCCACCAGCGUGUACGCGGGCUUCGUCAUCUUCUCCAUCCUUGGCUUCAUGGCCAAGCACUUGGGUGUGGACGUGUCCCGGGUGGCAGACCAUGGCCCUGGCCUGGCCUUUGUGGCUUACCCCGAGGCCCUCACUCUGCUGCCCAUCUCCCCAGUCUGGUCGCUGCUCUUCUUCUUCAUGCUCAUCCUGCUGGGGCUGGGCACUCAGUUCUGCCUCCUGGAGACGCUGGUCACAGCCAUCGUGGACGAGGUGGGGAAUGAGUGGAUCCUGCAGAAGAAGACCUAUGUGACCCUGGGCGUGGCAGUGGCUGGCUUCCUGCUGGGCAUCCCCCUCACCAGCCAGGCAGGCAUCUACUGGCUGUUGCUGAUGGAUAACUAUGCCGCCAGCUUCUCCCUGGUGGUCAUUUCGUGUAUCAUGUGUGUAUCCAUCAUGUACAUCUACGGGCACCGCAGCUACUUUCAGGACAUUCAGAUGAUGCUGGGGUUCCCACCGCCCCUCUUCUUCCAGAUCUGCUGGCGCUUUGUCUCCCCAGCAAUCAUCUUCUUCAUCCUCAUCUUCACUGUGAUCCAGUACCGGCCAAUCACCUACAACCACUACCAAUACCCAGGCUGGGCAGUGGCCAUCGGCUUCCUCAUGGCUCUGUCAUCAGUCAUCUGCAUCCCCCUCUAUGCCCUGUUCCAGCUCUGUCGCACAGAUGGGGACACUCUCCUCCAGCGUUUGAAAAAUGCCACAAGGCCAAGCAGAGACUGGGGUCCUGCACUCCUGGAGCACCGGACGGGGCGCUACGCCCCCACCAUGCCACCUUCUCCCGACGACGGGCUUGAGGUGCAGCCACUGCACCCGGACAAGGCCCAGAUCCCUGUCGUGGGCAGUCAUGGCUCCGGUCGCCUGCAGGACUCCCGGAUAUGAGCCCUGCUGCCUGAGCACCACUGUGAGGUGCGCUCUGCCCCAUGCUGUGCUCACACAGAGACUGGGGCGGCAGUGGACGGGCAGGGCGCUGCCACCCCUCAGUCACCACUGUUGGUGCGGCUGUUCGGGCUCGCGUCCCCAGUGUUUACAGGUCCUUUGGGUGCCAAGAUGGCAGUUGUGGGGAGACAGGGAGGGAAGAGAAGGGUUCCUAAGGGGCCCAAAAGCACUUUGGAGGGGACUCUGGCCAGGUUUGCAGAGGGCUGAGGGGCUUGAUAUGGCCUCUGAUGUCCCCAUUCUGACCUGAGCUGAGGUCUGGGUGGUCCCCCACCUGUCCCCCUCUGUGGGCUUCCAGCCUCCUGACCAGUGUUGCUGCCCUUUGAGCACAUCCCAGCCUCUGCCCAGGCCAGUUCACACUGUCCCCCUGGCCCAGAGAGUGCUGGGCGGCUGCAGUGUUACCGUUCAGGCUGUGUGGCCAUCGGCCCUGUCUGUCUGUGUCCUCCUUUUUUGUCAAAGUUGUACUCUUUGUCGUUGCCACUCCUCUUCCCCAAACUCAGCCCAACCUGUCUUCCAAGCCUGCCUGCACCUUACUUCAUGGCUCUGGGGUCUCUGCCCCUCAUUUAAACCCUGCUGUCAGGCCCAGCCAGCCGAGGCCCUGGACCCAGGGACCUGCCCAAAGCACGACUUUCCGGGGGUCAGGGCCGGGGUGCUGCUCAGUGGGAGGUUUGCGUGCAGAGCCCUGGAGAAGGGGCUCCUGCACCACUCCCUGCCCUCCCUCCACCAGGCUAACAGCCCAGGUUUCCCCACCUGGGCUGCCCUGUUUAUGUGCCAAAUGGCCCCAGCCCACCUUCCCCUCCCUCCAACCCUGCAGUAUCUGUUUGUCCAUCCCUUAUGCCGUUCUGUGCAGUGACAGCCUGACCAGCGUCUCUAACCCUCUGUAGCAAUAACGGUGCACUGCCCAGCCCAGCCCACUGUGCGCCACUAGGAUUUCAAAGUCCAUAGAUUUUAAUGAAAUUUCUAUUCCUGA